GGCAGCUUCUGGCCAGCGCAGCACAGUUCGGCAUUCGGUCACGGUGUCCCGCAAUCAUGCGCGUGUUCGCGCGUUGUCAUCACCGCUAAAAAAAAACAAGGAGGAAACACAGAACUGGACGGAAUACGCACACGCCGAUGCUGCAAGUAAAAUCAAGAUCUGAUUAAUAAUAUCCAAUAAGAUUUGGAAAUAGAAACUAAAAUAGACAAUGGAAGGAGAAACGGAAAACAAUUCUCUUAAUAAAGAUUCCAAACCAACUACUUGGCCGUACAUGAACGUCAGCUCGCUAACUAUAUCGUUUCUGACUAAACUGGCGGCGGCUGGUAUCAUCUGGGGAUGGGGAUACUUCAACUAUAGCAUAGCCUGGUUGAUCGCGCCAAUCGCGUUUUCCGUAUGGAAAGCAGAACGGAAAAGAGACAACGAAUUAAGAACAAUUACAGCACAAGCCAGUGUGUUGGCUAAAGAAAAGGAAUUGAUCAUCAGUCGAAUGAAUGAAUUACCCUCAUGGGUGUAUUUUCCGGACUUUGAUAGAGCCGAAUGGCUAAACAGAAUCUUAUAUAAGGUAUGGCCAAGUAUGAAUCAGUUUGUCCGUCAGCUGUGUAAGCAAAGUAUAGAACCGUCGAUUGUUGAAAAACUGACUGAAUAUAAAAUCAAAGGCUUUCAAUUUGACCGUCUAGUCCUGGGUCGCAUUCCACCAAAAAUUUAUGGGAUCAAAGUAUACGAUAAAAAUACCUCAAGAAAUGAGAUCAUCUUAGAUGCAGAUAUUAUGUAUGCUGGUGACUGUGAUAUUACCUUUUUCGUUGGAAACAUCAAAGGUGGUAUUAAAGAUUUUCAAAUACAUGGUUUAGUGCGCGUUGUUAUGAAACCUAUGCUGCCCAUGAUGCCGUUAAUCGGAGGUGUACAGAUAUUUUAUUUAAAUGUUCCUACUAUUAACUUCAAUUUAGUAGGAGUGGCUGAUGUAUUAGAUCUACCUGGAUUCAAUGAAAUUUUAAGAAAGACAAUCGUUGAACAGAUAUCAGCCAUAGUUGUAUUGCCAAACAAAAUAAUUAUACCCUUAAGCGAAGAAAUACCUAUGGAGUCUCUAAAAAUACCUGAACCCGAAGGUGUUCUAAGAAUUCAUGUUGUAGAAGCAAAGCAUCUGAUGAAAAAAGAUAUUGGAGUGCUAGGUAAGGGCAAGUCUGAUCCGUAUGCCGUCAUAAAUGUUGGUGCCCAGGAAUUCAGAACAAAAAUAAUUGACAACACUGUUAAUCCAAAAUGGGACUACUGGUGUGAGGCUAUGAUCAGUUCAUGCAAUAUGCAAGAAGCUGUGGUAUCUCUUUGGGAUUGGGAUCCUAAUGUCCCAGGGGUACAAUAUGAUGAUUUCCUUGGCAGGGCCACUAUCGAAGUUAAUCGAAUAAAGAAAAAGGGCACGAUUGAUACGUGGGUCUCUUUGGAGCAAGCAAAGCACGGCAUGGUUCAUUUGCGAUUAACGUGGCUACAAUUUUCAAAAGAACCUGCCGAUUUAAGAGCUGCUUUAGUGGAAACUCAGGAACUUAGAGUCACAUCAAUGAGUACAGCCCUUCUCACAGUUUAUAUCGAUUCUGCUAAAAAUUUACCGUGUAUUCGAGGAAAUAAACAACCUGACGUUUACUUGGAAGCAAGUGUCGGUGGAAAAACCGAAAGAACAGCCACUGUACCACGUUCUUGCGAUCCUGUAUGGGAACGAGGGUUCACCUUUUUAGUUAGCAACCCUGAAACUGGAGUUUUACACAUAAAGAUUAUAGACGAGAAAACUGCCAUGACAGUUGGGGAAAUGAGCUAUAAUCUUUCCCUACUUUUGGAGAAGAGUAAUCUUGAGGUGAUGCAACAGCCGUAUGAUUUACAAAAGGCCGAAGUGGACAGCAAGCUUGUAUUAUCAAUGACAUUAAAUAUCUUGAAAUAUGAGCAGCCUGAACCUACUUCCGAGGAAGACGAAGAUGAUCAUGACAUCAAUGAAUUGAAUAGACGAAUCGAACGUCAAGAAUCCACCACUAGUAAUGUACUCUCUUCUAGUGUACCACCGAGCCCUCUUAAAAAACAGCCUUCUAAAGAAUCGGUCAACAGUCAACCUCGUAGCACUGGAUCCGCCGCGGCACUUUUGCCUGAGGAACCAGCAGCGGUGGAAGAAGAAUUAAUACUCAGCAACAGCGCUGCGUCCUCUUUUACCGGAAGCCCUCAGCUUAUCCAUAGAAAUCCGAGUAUCAUGUCUUCUUCGGGCGAAUCGAAAUUAGGAAGAAUACAAUUGACUAUACGAUACAGCACGCAGAGACAGAAACUCAGUAUUUUCGUACACAGAGUUGCUAAUCUGCCGCUUCCCCAAAAUGAUCCGCACAAUAUACCGGAUCCGUAUGUAAAACUAUAUAUUUUGCCGGACAAACAUAAGGAAACAAAGCGCAAAACCGCUGUGAUCAAGGAUAACUGUAAUCCCCAAUUCGACGAGCAAUUCGAAUAUGUAGUUUCGCAAGGAGACUUAAAUACACGCGUAUUAGAAGUGUCUGUAUGCACACAAAAGGGUUGGCUCUCGACCGGAAGUAACGUGAUGGGACAGGUUCACUUGAAAUUGAGCGAAAUCAACAUUUCGAAGACUGUAACCAGCUGGUACGAUUUACAACCGGAAAUCAAAGACUAGAAGAAGAGAAAAAGUAAGUGGGGAUUCGAGCGUUUGUGCGUCUGUUUGACGAAACAACCGCUUAAAUUCCCACUUAAUAAUUUUUACAAACGAUGAAAGUCUCAAAUGUUAUAAUUACCUCUAUAUUCCGUUGACCAUUAUUGUUAAAUUGAUAAUUUAUUAAGGUAAGUUAAUACGUGGUGCUAUGCGAGAUGCAAGACGUCUUGCGA